AUGUCUGAACGCUUGGGGUAUAAAUUCGUCCUCACGAAUCCAGACGAACUAGAACAUUGCUUGCUCUGCAAUCGAAUCUUCUGUGCAAGACACAAAGCGGUUGAAAACAACACUGUUUGCCAAAUCGACCAUCGGAGUUAUUAUCGCACCCACCAAGAAUUUCAUGAUACGGGGACAAUUUUUCGAAACAUGGAACAUCGAAACAUAGAGAUGGAUCCGUCCAAAGCUGGGUUGAAUCGGGAAGCGAAAUCGAUAAUGGAGGUGGAAGCAAUGAGACAAAGACGAGAGGGGGAGGAAGGGAGAAUUUAA